UCAGUUUGACUAAGUGUCCUCGUGCUCGUUAAAGCGUGCAGGCCCCGCGCUGUUGUUCGCUUCAACUGGUCCCAGGUCGGCGCAGACCUGCGGGUUUUCCCUCCCUUCCUCCCUCCGCGAUGGUAGCCCCGCAGCAGCCCUUUCCUUUCACUCCAUUCGAGAGCCACCGACCAGCCCGACUCUUUCCCACGCCUCCACAGUAAGCUAACAAAAACAGGCGAACUCCGUACCAUGCGGAAAUUAUAAUCUUUUCUUUUUUUUAAUUACUGUCCGUGGUAAACUAUGCUGGUUCCAAACCGAAGCACCGAUGAGGGAAUUCACUCGACUUAUCCUUGGAGUAACUCUGCAAAACUGGACCUGAACUUUUCUGGACUGCGUUCGGGUUUAUAAACAAAACAAUGGAUUUCGAGUUUUUGACGACAAUUUUUCGGGAUAUUUUUUAACGAUUUGGAAUAUUUUAUGACAGUGCUUUAUAUUUCACGUGCUGAUUUUUUUUUUAAGUAAAUACAAUCUGGAGACGGAUUUCCACACCUCAGGAAUUCGACGCCAGCAGCUGAAGUGUCCGUGAACUUUGCAGGUAGCUAGCUAGCUUGUUAGCUAGUUUGGGGACUGUGUUAUUUUUUAUGUUUACACACCGACCUAACAAACCUAGACACCUAAAUUUGUAUUAUCACUGACUCUGGACAGUUUUUUACCCAGCUCCUCAGAGCUGAACACUUUCUGCGAGGUUUUCCAGCCUGUUUUGUACAAAGUGUAAAAGUCGGUCCAACUCACCGUUAGCCUCCGCAGCUAACAUCCAAACAUGCCGCAGCUGAACGGAGACGGGGACGACCUGGGAGCGAACGAUGAGCUGAUCUCGUUUAAAGACGAAGGGGAGCAGGAGGAGAAGCGGAACGUGUCUGGUGAGCGGGAUCUGGACGAUGUCAAGUCAUCUCUUGUCAACGAGUCGGAGACAAACAGCAGCUCUGACUCGGAGGCUGACAGACGUCCCAAGCUUCAUCCAGAUGUGGAAAGAGCCAGGCAGAGCCAGCUGUUUGAAGAAGCGCUGAGGAGGCAGCAGGGUGCAGGCUUCUUCCAGUCUCCAUAUGUCGGGUAUCCAUUCUUCAUGAUUCCUGACCUUGGGAACCUCUGCAGUCCCUACCUCACCAAUGGAGCCCUUACACCAAGUGGUCGGACGUACCUACCGUUUCAAUGGCCUUUGCUGGACGUACCAGGAAGAGCAGCUGUCAGAGACUCUACUACUCCUACACACCUGUCCAACAGUGUCCCUGUGAUGCAGCACCCCCACAUGACCCACCUCCACCCACUGCUGUCCUACAGCCCCGAGGCCUUCUCCCCUCAGAGGGCCUCUCCUGGCUUUUCUCCUGACACAGGUAUGUCAAGGAGCCCCCACACCCCCUGCUACCCAGUCUCUCCUGGAGGCAUGGCUCAGAUCACACACCCUCUUGGAUGGCUACCUGGACAAUCCAUGUACCCCAUUGCAGGAGGAUUCAGUCCUGCAGCUCUUGCUUUGAAUGCCUCCAUGCCAAGUCUAGUGCCAAGUAGCUUCUCUCCACGUUUGGUGCCAACCCCCCAGUCAUCAGCUCCCCACUCAGCAGCCCCCCCUGUGGUGGUAAAGCAAGAGCCUGCAAACUGCAGCAGCCACCAGCCUGGAAAGUCUACAUUUGACCCAGAACGUGAAAAAGAAGAGGAAAAGAAACCUCACAUCAAGAAGCCUCUAAAUGCCUUCAUGCUGUACAUGAGGGAGGAGAGGCCUAAAGUGGUGGCUCAGUGUAAAGUAAAAGAGAGCGCCACCAUCAAUCAAAUACUGGGACAGAGGUGGCAUUCGCUGUCCAAAGACGAGCAGUCAAGAUAUUAUGAACUGGCUCGCAAAGAGAGACUCCUUCACUCAAAGCUGUACCCCAACUGGUCAGCCAGAGACAACUAUGGUAAAAAGAAGAAGAGGAAGAGAGUGCAAGGCGACGGUCAGUUUGAAGUUGCCGCUGCGGUUUCGGUUGACAACUUGCCACCGCAGCUGAAGAAGCCUCGUGAGGAGACCCCCCCGACACACGCUUCAGUCACGCAACCUUCCCACACGCGUCCUCACCUGUCACAGCCGCACACGGUGUCUCACCUGACGCACACCCACCUGUCUCAAGCCAGCCCCGCCUCCUCACUGGACUCCCCGGCGACCCCCACUACAGCUCUGGCCUCGCCCGCCGCUCCGGCCGCGACACGCACCGAGCACACGCACUCGUCCCACAGCCACGGCGGGCACACCUCGCCGUACGCGGAGCAGCUGCAGCCGCUGUCCCUCACCACCAAACCCCACCGGACCACCCAGCCUCUGAGCCGCAACACGGUCACUCCAGGUCCCUCCACACCCUCCUCCUCCUCCUCAGACACUCCUGCCUCCUCACCUUUCGCUGCCUCCUCCAUCAGAUCCCCCCAUCCUCCUUCGCUGCUGUGUCAGCCGUUCCUCGUCCCACUUCCAACCUCCUCUGACCAAUCAGCUGCGAGCUCUCACAGUGCCUUAACUCGUCCACAGCCUCUCUCACUUUGAACCAGUCAGUUGAGAGGAGCUGCUUCUACUGAGUAAUUAAAGUUUAAAGGGAUCCCUGAUUAGUUGUAACAUUAGACUUUAUUUGAUUAACAUAUAUUUUAACUGUAAAAUAAAG